AUGUCUAACCUUAAAGAAUUGAUUAUAAAACGUAGUAGCGUGAAGGGCCGCGUGACUAAGUUCAAAAACUACAUUUCAAAAUUCAGCAAAUCAUCCAGCUUAGACUCUUUACAGAUAGGUGAAUUAAAGAUAAAAAUAAACAAAUUCGAAUGUUUAUCUAGCGAAUUCAGUGAGUUGCAAGGUCAGAUCGAGACGUUAAACGCUGAUGAGCUAGAAGACGAACUCGAUAUUCGGGAAGAGCUCGAGAAUGAAAUAGAUUCUGCCAUGUCACUCGCACAAGACAUACUAACUCGGUUCUCGAAAAACUUUAAUUUUGAAUAUGCUCACAGCAGCUCCACGCAUCAAGGGUGCGGCGGAAAUUCUCAGGGGUUAGGUUUUAAACUCCCUUUAAUCCAGGUUCCUCGUUUUGAUGGUUCGGCAUCCCGUUGGAUGCAAUUCAAAGAAAUGUUUUCCUCUCUUAUUAAUGAAAAUUCAAACAUAUUACCAAUAUACAAGUUUCAUUAUUUAGUUUCUUAUUUAGAGGGAGAUGCCGCGCGUGUCGUAAGCAACCUUGAAGUUUGCGCCUUAAAUUAUAACAAGGCCUGGAGUUUAUUAUGCGAGCGAUAUGACAACAAAAGGCAAUUAAUUAAUAGCCACCUCAACGCCUUAUUCAACAUCGAACCACUGGCUCGCGAAUCAGAACAAGCAUUGCGUUCUUUAAUUGAUGGUGUUAGCAAAAAUUUACGCGCUUUGUCCAGUUUAGGGCAACCCACCGAUCAGUGGGACACGUUAAUUAUUUACAUGGCUAGCUCAAAAUUAGAUAAUCAAACCAGUAUGAAAUGGGAGGAGCAUCGCAACACCUUAAGUGACAUACCUACCUUAGAACAAUUUCAUAAAUUUUUAAAGGAUCGCGCUGAUGUGUUGGAAUCAUUUAAUCAACAUAAAAUUCAAAACAAGCGUAUCACUUCAUCUCAUGGAGUAUCUGGCCCCAGUAGCAAUAAUAAUUACACUAGGAAUUCUAAGCAAAACAAGGUGUUUUCCUAUGUUACGCAACCGAGCUCUAAUAACAACACUAAUAGGUAUCGCACUCGCUGUAUAGUUUGUAAGGGUAAUCAUUUUAUUUACACUUGCCCUUCCUUUUUGGCCAAAUCCCCUGAACUUAGGAUAGCUGAAGCUCAAAGACUUCAACUUUGCAUGAACUGUCUCCGAUCAACCCAUAAAACCCGGGACUGCUUAGGUGGAACCUGCAGGGAGUGCGGGAAACUCCAUGCCACGAUUCUUCACAGGCCUACAAAUCAAGAACCUGCUACACCUGCACAGGGUUCGAGCGACACAGUCGCAGCUCAGACCGCCGUCGAGGAAAUAAGCGUGAAUAUUUCUAGACAGCCAAUUUCUCACGUUAUACUAUCCACAGUUAGCAUACGGGUUACGAAUCCUAAGAACUCAAAAUCUGAGAUUAUCCGAACACUUCUCGACAGCGGAAGCCAGUCCAGCUUCUUGACACAACGAGUUAAGGAGAGGUUAAAUUUAGAGGCCAUACCUACAGAUAUCAAUAUUAUAGGUAUAGGUAAUAACACAAAUAAUUACGUCACUGAAAGAUGUUUUGUUCAAGUCAGUUCAUUACACAGUGACUACAAUACAAAUUUAUCGUGUUUUAUUAUGCCCGAGUUGACCGGCAACAUACCAAAGGCUUACAUAGAUCGUAAACAAAUAGAUAUACCAAAUCAUAUCCAGCUAGCUGAUCCCUAUUUUUAUAUCUCUGGACCAGUCGAUGCUAUUAUCGGUGCUGACCUAUUUUGGGAGGUCAUAGGGAACAAUAUUCAAUCUUUAGGCAAAAAUAGCCCAUUCAUUUAUAAUUCAAAAUUCGGUUGGGUUAUUUCAGGUCCAAUUUCAUUAAAUAAUAAAAUCAAACAUACACAUUGCAAUUUCGUAUCAAGUAAUUCAUUAGAUGAUCGUUUAGAAAAACAAAUAUCAAAAUUUUGGGAAAUAGAAGAGAUGCCCAAGCGGUCUCUAUUGAGUGACAGCGAGAGGGCAUGUGAGCAGCAUUUUCAGACUCAUACCACUCGCCUCGAGUCAGGUAGAUUUUGUGUCAGGCUACCUCUGAAGGAUUCACCCUCAGUUUUAGGAGACUCAUUCAGUCAGGCAAAGAAAAGAUUCUUGAAUCUUGAAAGGCGAUUUCGCAAACAACCCCAUUUAAAACAGGCCUACGCUGCCUUUAUAAAUGAAUAUAUAGACCUAGGUCAUUGCUCAGAACUUUCUAGCUUCACACCACGAUCAGGCUACUUCCUGUGUCAUCACCCUAUUUUCAAAAUUAGUGAAUCUACCAGUUUGCGUGUAGUUUUCGAUGGAACAGCGCCCUCUAGUAGCGGAAUUAGCAUCAAUAGUUUGCAGCUUAUUGGGCCGAAUAUUCAAGAUACUCUUUUUGCAAUCAUAUUAAGAUUUCGAUUUUACAAAUACGUUCUUACUGGCGAUAUCGAAAAGAUGUUUAGGCAAAUCUUAAUUAAUGAGCACGAUCGAAAUCUUCAGUUAAUCUUGUGGAGAGAUGAUGAAUCCCAACCAUUACGUGCACUACGACUAAAUACAGUCACAUAUGGGUUCGCCAGUGCUAGUUUCUUAAGUACUAGAUGUCUGUAUCAGCUAGGUGAAGAGUGCCCGGAUGAAAUCAUUAAAACAAUUAUCCAACGGGAUUUCUACUACGAUGAUCUUUUAACUGGCGCAGAUACAGAAGCGGAAAUAGUUCAUAUUUUAGAAUCCGUGCAAGCCACUCUUCAAGCGGGGUGCUUCAAUUUACGCAAAUUCCGAUCAAACUUACCUAGCAUUUUUCAAAGUACAAAUUUAAACUUAGCAGACAAUCUUUGUCUAAGCAAUUCUACUAGCGCUUUGGGGUUAGGAUGGAAUCCUAAAACUGACAUGUUACAUUUUUCAUGUCAAGUUCCAUCCGAUAAAACUAACAUCAUUACUAAGCGGCAAAUCAUUUCCAGUACAUUCAAGGUUUUCGAUCCAUUAGGGUUACUUUCUCCCGCAACUAUUCAGGCCAAAAUAUUGAUACAAAAAUUAUGGAUUCUCAAGGUAGAAUGGGAUCAACCCGUACCCACUGACAUUCUUAAAGAGUGGAAGCGCAUACAAGAAAAUACAGACGUAUUAUAUUCUAUACAAAUUCCGCGAUAUGUAAUCAGCAAAGAUAAUGUUAAAAUCGAACUUCAUUCGUUCAGCGACGCAUCUAUGUUCGGAUACGGGACAUGUAUCUAUGUAAAAACGAUCGACGCGUACGGUAGGUCGAGCGUUCAAUUAUUGUGCGCUAAGUCGAGGGUAGCGCCUAGCGGCAAGCCGAUGACGAUUCCCCGCCUCGAAUUAUCGGCGGCGCUCCUCGCCGCUAAGCUCUGCGCGUCCUGCCUUACGUCUAUACGUGCACGUAUAGCCAAUUGCAUACACUGGUGCGAUUCAAGCGUUGUACUCGGCUGGAUUAAAACCAGUCCGACCAAACUAAAAAUGUUUGUCGCGAACAGAGUUGCAGAAAUAUGUGAAAACACACAGAGUUCAUCUUGGCGUUACGUACCUACAAAUUUAAACCCGGCAGAUCUUAUAUCUAGGGGCAUAGACGCCAAUCGUCUACGAGACUCCACGCUUUGGUGGAACGGUCCUGAGUUCCUACUCCAGGAGCAACAUAAUUGGCCUACUUUAAAUUCGAAUAUAGUACAAGAGCUACCGGAAUUAAAUGUGCACUCAAGCAUUAUUGAACCGAAUUUAAUUAUAUUUGAAAAUCAUUCAAAUUUAACAAAAUUAAGUCGUUCCUUUUCGUACGUAUUAAGAUUCAUACACAACUGCACACAUCCGAAUUCAAGGCGUACUGAGAAACAGUCUGGCCACUGGGGGGAAGAUGCCUGGCAAGACGCACGGUCCGCGAAUGCGUACUAUGCAGGCGACAUCAAGGUCGAACUUUGA